UAUGAAUUUGACCUCCGACGCACAAAACGUUUGAAAUUCAAUCAUCUAGACCUUGACUUCCUUGAAAGGCAACGUAGUAAUUUGAUGUGUCUAAUAGUUUCUGGAAGGUAAUAGCUUAAUAAACCCCUACUCUUCUUAUUCGAAGCGGAAGACGGUCAAAAAAGUCCUGACGGAAGUUAACGUGCCCGUGGGAUUUCCCAUUGUACGUGACGUCAUUUCCUGUGUGUCUAACAAUGCUAAAUCGUUCAUUGGUGAGCAGUCGAAUCGUUGUAGGCGAAGUAAGAUCUAUUUUCGUCUUUCUCAGUAACUUUCCUGAGUUCAGUUGGGAUUUUAUACUCCGGUAAUUGUAGAGAUAAGUUUCAUUAUCAUUGUGAUUGCGAACAAGGGCACAGUUUUUGCAGAACCAUUCCUUUGUGUAGAUCAGUAAUGGACGACUACAGCUAUUUAUUCAAAAUAAUCCUUGUUGGAGAUGCAAAUGUUGGGAAAACCUGCUUGGUUCGUCAAUUUACGAAAGGAUACUUCCCACCAAAUCAAGGUCCAACGAUAGGGGUCGACUUUACCAUCAAAACAGUCGAUGUUGACGGCGAAAAAGUGAAGCUACAAAUCUGGGAUACAGCAGGACAAGAGCGUUUUCGUUCAAUAACACAAAGUUACUAUCACAACGCUGAUGGAGUGAUAAUUACUUACGAUAUCACAAACAAAAAGUCRUUUGAAAACUUACCACAAUGGAUUGAUGAUGCAAACAGAUAUACAAGUAARGAUGUACUUAUGGCAAUUGUUGGRAACAAAAGUGACUUAGCUCUUACAGAACGACAAGUAAAUUUUAAGUAUGCAGAAGAACUUGCACAGAAAGAGAACACAGUUGCRUUGGAGACAUCAGCAAAAGAAGCUAGUAACGUAGACCUACUGUUCAUGAGUCUUGCAACUCACUUGAAACGUAAUGUAAAAAGCGCAGAUAGAUUUGAAGAAAGAGCUGAACAGGACAAAGACCAAACAAAAGAUGGACUUAUUAAUGGUCUUAGCCUAAGCAGGCAUGUUAUCUACAGCAGAGGUCCAAUAUCUUGUUGCAGGGUUUAAUGUCAUUCUGUUAAAAAGCAAUGAAUUUACAAACUUUACAACGUUAAUGUUUUAUAYACUAAAUUAACUAAACGUAAAAUAACGAACGUCCAUAUGCAUCCUCUAACCCAGAUCAUUCUCCAUCAGAGAUUCUUGGCAACCCAAUGUUUUCAUAUCAUUUGUUUGGUAAUUUAAAGUUGAAAAAGUAGAAACCUCUAUUAAAUAGUGAAAACAUGUUUAUAGGGUAUACCAGAGGUACUGGUUGGGAGUUAAGAGGUUCUGGGUAUGAGAAUAAAAAGGCUUCAAGGCAAGGUGGAUCACUGGAUUUUUCUUUYAUUAUAAUUAUUAUUAUUUYRAACAUAAGGUGUUGAUARCAAUKUURAUCGUAGCCAUGGUAAUGCCGAUCAAGCUAAGAAUGACGUGUUUAAAGCUCUUAUUUCUAUAAAUUAUCAAAAAAUCAAGUACAUAUAAUAAGUCUGAGGUAAAUGCAAUUGAAAUGUACAGCCAAAAAAAACAUGCAGUAAUCCACCUUAAAUGUAGGAUAAACAUGUUUCUAAUUUUAUGCAUGAUAUAACUAUAACAUAUUUUUAAUCAAGAAAUUGUAAACUAUUUUUAUGGACACUAAAGUGCCUUCUGUAGAAAAACAGAACGAUGUUAUUUUUUGUUUUUUAAAGUCCAGUUAACUUUACACAUAAUGAUUGUUGAAAUAGCCGCCUUUUGAGAUUUUUUUGAAUUUUUUUUGAGAUUUUUUUUUUUUAAUAAUGAUUGUUGAAAUAGGCGACUUUCAAGAUUUAGGUUGAUUAACCUCUCACAUAAGAAUUGAAGAGGAGACUCUGGGGAAACAAUACAAAAUUCUUUUGUUUUCCCUGAUACUUGUUGUUGAUUCUUUUGUGUAAGUGGACUAUUUCCACAUCUCCUAACACAAUAUCCUUCUUAACGUCCCCACAUAAACCUACCCUACCUUCAAGAAGGUAGCCAUACUUCCUUUGUAACUUUAUAACUAUGUAAUGAUAACUUGGGCUCAUUGAGUUUAGUCUGUGAAUACAGAAGAUAUAAAUAUUAAAACAAUGAAACAAGGAGCUUU